AUGGCAGGGGCGGACUUCAACUUCGUACUUGUGGCAGACGAAGCUGUUUUCAAGGAUAUUGCGCGCGAGUUAUUUGUUGUUAAGGCGCUUGGCUACGACUGGGACCCAACGCGAGGUCGCACGUGCUGGAUGAGGGUGUCAACAGCUUCUUUGUUGAGUCUCUGGGGGGUGCUCCUAGAGUCUGAAUUGCUGGACAUAAGGAAGUACUACACGUUCCGGUAUAAGGGUUUGAAAGAGGAUGUUGAGAGUCAGUUGUGGGACGGAAACCUGACUGCGCCUUAUUUUGAAGAUUGCACUGAAGUUGGAAGGGCACAAAGGGAGAUAAGGGCAGAACGAUUCAUAUUUGAUUAUGAGUAA